AUGACAGGUGCAUCAUUGAAAUUUCAAGCUCCAAACCAUUUGGAGAUAUUGAUACUGGAAGAUUGUAAUCAGUUAUCUGCAAUUGAGACAUUCAGUAAACUGAAGAAGUUGAAGUCCUUGAAUUUGAGAAAAUGCAAAGGAGUCAAGAAGUUGCCCCAAGAGCUGCAUCGUAUGGAAUCUUUGACGGAACUUCUGAUUGAUGGAACUGACAUCAGAAAAAUUAAUAUCCUGAAUGAUUCUUUGAAGAAGCUUGAAAAUCUUAGUGCUUGCGGCUGUAAAAAGUUGGAAGAUAUAUCCCCAAUUGGCCACCUAACGAAACUCAAAAGUCUUGCUCUGGAUGAUGCUACUAAUUGGUGUCCGGGAGCUUUUAAAUUUCCUCCAGAUCUUCGAAGACUUUCCUUAAGGAAUUGUGGGAAGUUCUUUGAACUUUCACCUUCCAUCGGGGAGCUAAAGAAGCUGGAGGUAAUGGACCUUUCAGGUACUAAAAUUACAGAACUACCAGAGUCAGUCAAGGAGUUGGAAAAUUUGAAGACGCUAAAGAUGGCACGCACUAACCUACAAAAUUUUCCUAAGGAUAUUGUAAACUUAAAGAACCUGGAGGAGAUAGAUUUCUCUUUCUGCAUAAAUUUGGAGGGCAACAUUCAUUGCUAUAUUUCAGGACUAUCCUCUUUGAGAUUUUUGAGAUUAACAUCAUCCAGUGUGGCUGGGCUGUCUAGGAGCAUUGGCCGUCUCUGUCACCGCCUACAAGCCCUUGACAUACUUGAAUGCAACCAACUUCACGAACUACCAAAGUUGCCCUCCAGUUUACUUAGUCUCCGCUGGGGAUCCAAAAUUAUGACAGUCACCGAUUUGUCAUAUCUGACAUUUCUAAAAGAGCUCUGCUUGAGAGAUGCUGAGCAGCCAAAAGCGGGGUUAUUGAGUCAAGAGACCCUAGAUAUAAAGUGGAUCACGAGAUUAACAAGUCUAGAGACCUUGGAAUUGUCUCUUCGAAAUGUCUCCGAUCUCCCUGGGAAUUUUAGUGACCUUACUCAGCUCCGGGAACUCUCUUUAUCCUACAUGAAGGAGCUAGACCUCACACAACUUCCCUCGUCCUCAAGCUUAUGGACCCUGCGUCUCAAACACUGCAAGAUUCCAGAGCCAAAAUUUUCUGGUCUGAAAUAUCUGUCAGAACUCGAACUAGAGUACUGCGAUCUAGCAGAGACUGAUGGUCUUGAAGAUUUAACGCUUUUGGAACUCCUGAAAAUUUCUCAUUGCAACGGUAUAACAAACCUUAAUGGGCUCAAAGAUUUACCUCGUCUCAGGAAGGUGGAAGGUAUCUUUUCUGUUCGUCCCAGUUUACCAAUAUUCUCCCAUCCUGUUGAAUUGGACAUAUGCGAAAAUUUAGAGCUUUCGCCAGUCCUGAAUAUUAUUCGAGGCAGCGGUAUAACAAACCUUAAUGAGCUCAAAGAUGUUAACCAGCCGAAGGAUGGAGUCGAAGCUGCCAUCAAGAGCAUGGAGAAAAUGAAAGAUGAAGCUGGACAGCAAACAGUCGACAUGGAAGCCUCGGAUAGGAAUUAUGCAAUUGCAGCUGUUCAGAAUGUGGUUGGAAUUGAUGAUCGUGCAAAACAAAUCAUCGACUUAAUGGAGAUAGAAGUCAACGAUGAGGUGCGCAUUAUUGGAAUCUAUGGAACCGAUGGAAUUGGCAAGACGACUCUCGCGAAGGCUGUAUACGACCAGAUCUCUUCUUGUUUCGACAGUUGUAGCUUUCUUGCAGAGGUCGAAGGAACCACACAAAGUUCUGCUGGAAUUCAGCUGCAAAAUAAGUUGAUACGAGAUAUCCUUGAACGAGAUCAUGAAGAUCCUUCUUUUGAUGAAAGAAUAGAAGAUUUCGUGGAUAUAUUUCGUGAAAUGAAAGUUCUAGUAGUUGUCGAUGCCGUGGAAAAGCCAUCCGAUCUUCAUGCUAUUGUAGGAGACCCGAUUCUUUGCUUUGGUCCAGGUAGUCGAAUAAUUGUGACUUCUCAAAAUAAGGAAAUUCUCAAAGGGUAUGAUCCCCAGAAGGUUUGUAACUACAUGGUUAGUGAGUUGGACGAUGGUCAAGCUUUUGAAAGUUUCUGCAAGCAUGCAUUCAGGAUGCAAUCUUCCAUACCUGAUUAUGAUGGACUCUCAAACCGCAUUGUCAAUGCUACAGAGAAACUACCAUUAGCAGUUGAAGUUGUCGGUUCAUUUUUGCGGGGUAAAUCAAUACAAGAAUGGAAAAAGAUGGAGAAGUCAAUGGAAGAACGUUCGACUAGUUCUCAAAAGACGACAGUUGGCCUUGAAGAAAUACUGGAUAUAUGUUACAAAGAAUUAGAUCAACAGCAAAAAGAUAUAUUUCUGGACAUAGCAUGUUUUAUCUCUGGUGUGGAUGCCCGAAUUGCUUCAUAUAUGUGGCCCAAUUGCUAUCUUCCAUCUUCCGGUUGCAUUCUAAUGCCCCUGGCAAAAAUUGGAGAAAACAAUGAAUUGCAGAUGCACAGAUUGCUGAGACGCCGUGGCAAAGAUAUGUUUGAGCAAGAGAUAUCUGGAGAUUCAAUUGGGAGAAAAUUUUACAUACAGGAGAAGGGAAAGGAAGACGUUGAAGCUCCCCACAUUAACUUCACAGCUCAAAAUUUGCAGAUGAUGCCAGAACUAAGGAUUCUCAAGUUGGAUAAUGUCAAAGUUUCUGGAAAGUUUGAAGGUGCAUUUGCUAGUUUAAGGUGGCUCUGUUGGCAAAGGUGUCCUUUGGAUUUUAGUGCAGAAAAUUUUGUGUUAACAGAGUUGGUCAUUCUUGAUCUGUCAUGGUGCAAACUCACGGAAGACUGGAGAGGUUGGAGUGAUAUCAAGAUGGAGAAAUUGAAAGUCUUGAAUCUUACUGGGUGUUCUGACUUACUGCUCACUCCUGACUUCUCUGGUUACAAAGAUUUGGAAAUCUUGAUUCUUGAACGAUGUUCUCAUUUGGUGAAGCUAGAUCCUUCAAUUGGCAAUUUGAAACGUUUAGUUUCCCUGAAUUUGAAGUUCUGCUCCCAAUUGAACAGGUUGCCAGUGGAACUAGGUUGUACGACAGCUCUGAAAGAGCUCUUUAUUGACGGGACUUCCGUGCGGCAGAUCCCCAUCUCCAUAGGCAAUUUGAAGCAACUCGAAAUUCUCAGUGGCUUGAAGUGCUUCCCAUUGACUCACCUGCCCAGUUCGAUUUGUUAUCUGGCUGCUCUCUCCGAUCUCUCAUUAGAAGGUGCCAAAAUUUCUGAGCUCCCGAGCUUAGUGGGAGAGCUGCUUAAGCUAAGACGCUUGUCAUUGAGGGAUUGCCUUUGUCUGGAGAAACUUCCAUAUUCUAUAGGUGAAAUGGGGUCAUUAGAGGAGUUGGAUAUAUCGGCGACUAGUAUCUCUGAACUCCCCGAUUCAAUAAGAAAUCUGAAAAGCUUGAGAGUCCUGAGAAUGGACUCAUCUCUCAUUCGAGCAUUACCUGGGGAGAUUGGGAAUCUGACCAAGCUCGAAGAACUACAUGCUUCCUGGUGUCGGAGUUUGAAGGGGCCCAUUCCCUGUGAUAUUGGGGAACUGCAUCGUCUGAGAUCAUUGACGCUGGGGCAUUCCAGUAUAUCUAACCUACCCCCUGAACUAUCCACCAUCUCGGGUCUUCACACCCUGGAUUUAAUUCAGUGCAAUGAAAUUGAAGAGUUGCCGAAGCUUCCCCCUUCUCUAAUUUGUCUCCGUGUGAGUUCUAAAAGGAUGAAAGCCAUACCCCUUCUUGAAGAUAUGAAGGAAUUGGAGGAGCUGUGCCUAAGUGAUGGGGACCCGAAGGCAUCCCAACCUCCGUCCAAACUGCCAAUGCCAGAACCCAACGUGAAACGAAUGAUUGACAAACAAUCCUUCUCAAUAUCGUUUCCUAAACUGAGGAAACUAGAACUUUCUCUUUUGCAAGUUGUCAAGCUGAAGUUUGGGCUGACAGAUAUUCCUCCCCUCAAAAGGCUCAAAACGCUUAACCUUCCUGGUUUGAGCCGUAGAGAUGUAUCUGAGCUUCCCAAGAAGCUGUUAGCGUUCAAGCUCUACCACUCUGCGAUAGAAGAGAUUGAAGGGCUUGAAGGGCUUGAAGCCCUGAAGAGGCUAGAUAUAUCAAACUGCACAAUACAAAAUCUCAAUGGGAUUGGCCAGAUAACCUCACUGAGGAGUUUGAUUUUAUCUGACUGUGAUGACCUCAGUUUACCUGAUCUUUCAAACUUGAAGUCGCUGAAAGUUUUAGAGAUCAGACGAUGCAAAAUGAUCCAUCAAAUUGAAGGCCUAGAAAAAUUGACGUCUCUGGAAAAGCUGAAUAUCAGCGAAUGUCCGGCUGAGAACUCGGUGCAAGUACAGAAUAUGAUUAAGGAUGUAAGGGCACGAUCAGUCGAAAAACAGGGGCAUGGGGACUUCAUCAAACAAGGUGCGACAUCUUCGAAGCGUAACAGAGAGGAGAUUCUUCUGGAUGCAUCAAAUAAGAGGAUGAAGAAAGUGGAAGAUAAAGCUAGAGAGCGACCAGCAGACGUGGCAACCUCAGAUAGGAAUUAUUAUGCGAUUGCAGCCGUUCAGAAUGUAGUUGGAAUUGAUGAUCGUGCAAAACAAAUCACCGACUUACUGGAGAUGGAAGUCAAUGAUGAGGUGCGCAUUAUUGGAAUCUGUGGAACUGAUGGAAUUGGCAAGACGACUCUCGCCAAGGCUGUAUACAAACGCAUCUCUUCUUGUUUUGACAGUUGUAGCUUUCUCUCGGAGGUCGAAGAAACCACACAAAAUCCUCACAGUAUUCAGUUUUUGCAAAAGAAGUUGAUACAUGAUAUCCUUGAACGAGAUCGAGAAGAUCUUUCUUUCGAUGAACCAAUAGAAGAUUUCCUGGAUAUAUUUCGUGAAAUGAAAGUUCUAUUAGUUGUCGAUGAUGUGGCAAAGCCAUCUGAUCUUCAUGCAGUUGUAGGAAACCAGCUUGAUUGGUUUGGUCCAGGUAGUCGAAUAAUUGUGACUUCCAAAAAUAGUGGAAUUCUCGAAGAGUUUGAUUCCGACAAGGUUUGUAACUACACGGUUAGUGAGUUGGAUUACGGUCAAGCUUUUGAACUUUUCUGGAAGCAUGCAUUCAGGAUGCAAUCUUCCAUACCUGAUUAUGAUGGACUCUCAAACCGCAUUGUCAAUGCUACAGAGAAACUACCAUUAGCAGUUGAAGUUGUCGGUUCAUUUUUGCGGGGUAAAUCAAUACAAGAAUGGAAAAAGAUGGAGAAGUCAAUGGAAGAACGUUCGACUAGUUCUCAAAAGACGACAGUUGGCCUUGAAGAAAUACUGGAUAUAUGUUACAAAGAAUUAGAUCAACAGCAAAAGAUAUAUUUCUGGACAUAGCAUGUUUUAUCUCUGGUGUGGAUGCCCGAAUUGCUUCAUAUAUGUGGCCCAAUUGUUAUCUAUCCUCUGGUUGCAUUCUGAUGCCCCUUGCAAAAAUUGGAGAAAACAAUGAAUUGCAGAUGCACAAAUUGCUGAGACGCCGUGGCAAAGAUAUGUUUGAGCAAGAGAUAUCUGGAGAUUCAAUUGGGAGAAAAUUUUACAUACAGGAGAA